AUGCUUUACUUGUUUGCUUCUUGGGAACCUCUCAAGUUCUGCUUCAACUGCUCUCAACUCUUCCCUGAGUUGUCAAUGGGAGACAUAAAACUACAAAAGAUGAAGCAAAAAGUUGUCAAUGGGAGCCACAAUUCUUCUAAUGUGUAUGGUAUUCAGAUUCAUACCUCCAUGCAAUCUGCAACUCAUUUGCCAGUCACGAGAGAGAACCCGGAGAUGUCAAAACUACUUCAUAAAGCAGUGCGUGAAAAGCGUGAGAGUACAUAUUCAGUUUAUUCAGAGAGAGAACCCGGACCUGUUAAUGUGAUUCGGGAUCUUUUCGAAUUUAAAAGUGAACGAUCCCUGAUUCCAGUUGAAAAGGUGGAAUCUGCUACUUCAAUCGUUGAGCGUUUCUGUACAGGUGGCAUGUCUCUUGGGGCUAUAUCCCGUGAAGCCCAUGAAGCAAUCGCCAUUGCAAUGAACCGAAUAUGUAGAAUGGAGCUCAACAUUUUCUAA